AUGCUGGUGCACGCUUACUCCGCCAUGGAGCGCCCCGACGGGCUGGGCGCAGCGGCGGGCGGAGCCCGCCUGUCCUCGCUGCCCCAGGCGGCCUACGGGCCGGCGCCGCCGCUGUGCCACACGCCCACCGCCGCCGACUUCCAGCCGCCUUACUUCCCGCCGCCCUACCCGCAGCCGCCACUGCCCUACGGCCAGGCGCCCGACGCCGCCGCCGCCUUUCCCCACCUGGCCGGGGACCCGUACGGCGGCCUGGCGCCCCUGGCGCAGCCACAGCCUCCGCAGGCCGCCUGGGCCGCGCCCCGCGCCGCCGCCCGCGCCCACGACGAGCCGCCGGGCCUGCUGGCGCCGCCCGCCCGCGCCCUGGGCCUCGACCCGCGCCGCGACUACGCCGCCGCUGCUGUGCCGCGGCUCCUGCAAGGCCUGACCGAGGGCGCGCACGGCCUGGCCGACGCACCCCUCGGCCUCCCCGGGCUGGCGGCCCCGCCGGGCCUGGAGGACCUGCAGGCCCUGGACGAGCCGGGAAUGAGCCUCCUGGACCAGUCGGUGAUCAAGAAAGUCCCCAUCCUCUCCAAAGCCAGCAGCCUUUCGGCCCUCUCACUGGCCAAAGACAGCUUGGUUGGCGGCAUCACGAACCCCAGUGAGGUCUUCUGCUCCGUGCCCGGCCGGCUCUCUCUGCUCAGCUCGACGUCCAAGUACAAGGUGACGGUGGGGGAGGUCCAGCGGCGACUCUCACCUCCUGAGUGCCUCAAUGCCUCUCUCCUGGGUGGUGUCCUUCGCAGGGCCAAGUCCAAGAAUGGAGGCCGGUGCCUGCGCGAACGGCUGGAGAAGAUUGGGCUCAACCUGCCCGCUGGCCGUCGCAAGGCCGCCAAUGUGACCCUGCUGACUUCGCUAGUAGAGGGAGAGGCCGUCCACCUGGCCCGAGACUUUGGCUACGUCUGUGAGACCGAGUUCCCAGCCAAGGCAGCUGCCGAGUACCUGGGCCGACAACAUGCUGACCCUGGGGAGCUGCACGGCCGCAAGAGCAUGCUGCUGGCUGCCAAGCAGAUCUGUAAGGAGUUUGCAGACUUGAUGGCGCAGGACCGUUCACCGCUGGGCAACACUCGCCCAGCGCUCAUCCUGGAGCCCGGAGUGCAGAGCUGUCUGACACACUUCAGCCUCAUCACCCAUGGUUUUGGCGGGCCUGCCAUCUGUGCUGCCCUCACUGCCUUCCAGAACUACUUACUGGAGUCACUCAAGGGGCUGGACAAGAUGUUUCUAAGCAGUGCGGGCAGUGGGCAUGGUGACGCCAAGGCGUCAGAGAAGGAUGCCAAACAUCGGAAGUGA